GAGAGGAAGAAAUCUUUCUGGUCUAAAUAAGGCUCUCUGAGGAGCAGCAAGCAACUCCACGUCUCUACAAAACUUCUGUGUUGUGUGUGUGCGCGGCGUUCCGAGCAUUGCGCACAGCUCAGCAGUGUUUCACGUAGAGAAAAGCAUUUUUUGUUUUUGUUUUUCGUGUUAAACACCAAAAACGAGCGCCUCAGUCCCACAAGAAUUCAUGCACGGUACGGAUGGUACGAGCUUUGACGCCCAGCAUCGCUGACUCGUCCCCUGAUUCCACGCACCGAGUUUGGAGACACUGCACGGCGGCGUCACCCCGGGGGGUUCAUGUACUGGAAAAAUGAAGUUUUGUCCCCUCUCUCAGAGGGAAAUAAGAUUCUGUCCGACGGAAUUCCCACGAAGCAGGUGAUCUCUGUCGAGCAACAGAGUACACCGGGAGCCUCGCGCUGCAGUGUGGAGUCCAAACACGCGACAAUGUCUCAAUCGGAUCCAGAAUCGCAGCGGUCCAACAUGGAGCGGGAGGACACGCGUUCGUCCCCGAGCACCCCGUCCAGCCCCUCCGUGUGCUCGCCGAUCUCCACAGCCAGUUCCGUGCCUUCCAACGGAAAGAACGUGUGCGCCAGCUGCGGUCAGGAGAUCGUGGAUAGAUAUCUGCUGAAGGUGAACAACCUGAUCUGGCACGUGCGCUGUCUGGAGUGCUCAGUGUGCAGGACGUCCCUGCGUCAGCACAGCAGCUGCUACAUCAAGAACAAGGAGAUCUUCUGUAAAAUGGAUUAUUUCAGUAGGUUUGGUACUAAGUGUGCCCGCUGUGGGCGGCAGAUCUUCGCCAGCGACUGGGUGCGGCGCGCCAGGGGAAACGCAUACCACUUGGCGUGUUUUGCGUGCUACUCGUGUAAGAGGCAGCUGUCCACGGGAGAGGAGUUUGGCUUGGUGGAGGACAAGGUCCUGUGCCGGAUCCACUACGACACCAUGGUGGAGAACCUCAAACGAGCGGCUGAGAGUGGCAACGGCAUCACGUUAGAAGGAGCUGUCCCCACAGAACAAGACAGUCAACCCAAACCGGCCAAACGGGCACGGACGUCCUUCACUGCAGAACAGCUCCAGGUCAUGCAGGCUCAGUUCGCCCAGGACAACAACCCAGACGCCCAGACGCUACAGAAACUAGCCGACAUGACCGGCCUGAGCAGGAGAGUGAUACAGGUGUGGUUUCAAAACUGCAGAGCAAGACACAAAAAGCACACGCCCCAGCACGGUGGGGUUCCCCAAGGUCAUCCCCAGUCCAGAAUACCCUCGUCCCUGUCUGAUGAGCUGCAUUACUCCCCCUUCGGCAGUCCUGAGCGGGCGCGCAUGGUGGCCCUCCAUGGGUACAUCGACAGUCAUCCCUUCUCUGUCCUGACCUCUCAGAGCCUCUCUCACCAGGCCAUGUCCCUGCCCCAGCUUCCCCUCAGCCGCUAGCACUCUACCGUGACCCUGCUGACCCCUGACCUCCAGACCCCAAGCCUCGUUCUCGCCAUCAGCGUCCUCGGCCGACAUUGACCCGGAGGUCAAGCUUUGGGAGAAAAGACAAAUCUUACACACAGGAGCCCCGCCCACUCGGACACAGAAGAGGAAAGCUGAAAAGCUUCUCUCUUUUUUUGUCUCUCUGGGGGACAGGAAUAUCCCACCUGCAGCCAGUCGUCUGAGAAAGCAUUUAUCGUCAGCAGGAACUCACAGACUAAAUGGUUUAAGCCACCAAAAGGACCCAUUUUGCUUCAAGUGUACAGCGUCCUCCACUCUGCUCCUCCACCCUCCGACUGGAAGGUGGAGGGAGUUUUUGAAAGGAUGAGACUGAUCAGGGACGCAGGACUGAUGACUCUUAAACGAGAGUCAGAAUAUUGAAGAAAAACAAACAGAAAGGGGAAAUUUAAGGCGGAACUGUCAUUGUGGCCCGAGGCCGACCACAAACCGAGGUAAGACUCCUCCCUCUUUUCUCUCUCGAGCAGCCAUGAAGGAGAAACGUUUAACAAAAUAUCUUCACUGUUGAAAUAUUUCUUUUAGGAAUGACAUUGUGAUUCUGCAUCUCAAACAACUGACAUUUCCCAGCUACGUUUUUGUUAAAGAAUGAAAAUAUUGUGUGCCUUAUCUUUCCCAUCAAUAAAACUAGACUCUAGUUGUUUACAGCGUUAAUAUUCCAGCCUGUAAUAAGAUUUGGCCUCGUAUUAAUUUUAAAUCUUUCAUUGGUUGCAAUGAAAAUCUAUAGCUGCAUGCCGACUGCUUAUAAUGAAGGAAAAACCACAGAGAACAAUGUGUGUUGUUAAAUUAUUACUCUAAUAUUAAAAUCAGGAACAAAAAGAUAUUAAGCCACAAAGGUGUUACUUCACUUCAAACUGGCGCAGAAGCAAAGGGAAGAGUCACACUUCACAUUCCUGCAAAAUCUAAUAUGUUACAAGUUACAUAUUUUCAUAUUUCAGGUGUAUUGUCACUAAUUUAUGUUUUUUUUUAGUUGUUCGUUCAGCCUCUGUGUGCAUGUGUCUUUCGUUCAAAGGAGGGAAAUGGAGUAUUGGUACAAAAUGGACAGUAGAAAACAGACUGGGUUGUACAUAGCUGUGUGUGUGUGUGCGUGUGUGUGUGUGUGUGUGUGUGUGUGUGUGUGUGUGUGUGUGUGUGUGUCGGCAGGGGGAGAGAGAGUGUGCAUCUGUAUUUUAGUGCCAUGACCAAUGUGUGAAGAACAGGAUCCAACAAGACCUCAAUGUCCUUGUAUUUAUUGAGAUGGUAAAUCCCUGUAAAGCACUUUUUCCCUCUGAAAAUGUUUUUGUUUUUGUUACAAAAAACAGGAAAUGAAAAGAAAAACAAAAAGUUUAUUUGAUAGACUGUGCAUCAUAAAUGUUUUGUGUACUAAAUUGCAAUAAAAUAGAAUGUGAUA